ACUCAACUCUACUAUCUUUCACAAACAAGCAUUGAAUUGCAUCUACUAAUACUCAAAUAAGAGUUUUAAGAGAAGGGAAAAAAUGAAGGCUUUUAAUAGUAUUGCUAACCCUUUGAGUUCUUUCUUCUUUCUAUGCAUUUUGCUUCUCCUUGCAAAUGCAGCAUUUGGGAAAACUCACAACCAUAAUUUUGUUAUUCAAGCAACACCAGUGAAGAGGCUGUGCAAAACUCACAACACCAUAACGGUGAACGGACAAUUCCCUGGACCAACAUUAGAAGUAAACAACGGGGAUACUUUAGUUGUCAACGUUGUCAAUAAAGCUCGAUAUAAUGUCACCAUUCACUGGCAUGGAGUAAGGCAAAUGAGAACAGGAUGGGCAGAUGGACCAGAAUUUAUCACUCAGUGCCCAAUUAGACCAGGAAAGAGUUACACUUACCGGUUUACAAUUCAAGGACAGGAAGGGACUCUAUGGUGGCACGCUCACAGCUCGUGGCUCAGGGCUACGGUUUAUGGAGCUCUAAUUAUCCAUCCGAAAGAAGGAGAAUCCUAUCCGUUUGCUAAGCCGAAAAGAGAAACACCAAUUAUGCUUGGUGAGUGGUGGGAUACAAACCCUAUAGACGUUGUAAGACGAGCAACAAGAACAGGAGCAGCUCCUAAUGUAUCUGAUGCAUACACCAUCAAUGGUCAACCAGGUGAUCUCUACAAGUGUUCCAGCCAAGAUACAACCAUAGUCCCUGUGGACUCGGGCGAAACCAACCUCCUUCGAGUUAUCAAUGCUGCACUCAAUCAGCAACUUUUCUUUACUGUGGCCAACCACAAACUUACUGUCGUUGGAGCAGAUGCUUCUUAUGUUAGACCCUUUACAACAUCAGUCCUUAUGCUCGGACCAGGACAGACAACUGAUGUCCUAAUCACAGCUGAUCAGCAACCAGCUAGAUAUUACAUGGCAGCACGUGCCUACGCAAGCGCCCAAGGCGCAGCCUUUGAUAAUACCACAACCACAGCAAUCCUUGAGUACAAGACAGCUUCUUGUUCUUCCAAUUGUGUCAAGACAAAUCCAAUUUCCCCAUCUUUACCAGCAUUUAACGACACAGCCACAGCUACAGCCUUCACAACCAAAUUCAGAAGCCCAAGAAAGGUCGAGGUGCCCACUGAAAUCGACGAAAAUCUAUUCUUCACAGUCGGGCUAGGACUCAACAACUGCCCAAGAGGCGCUCGCUCCAGAAACUGUCAAGGUCCGAAUGGUACUCGCUUCACAGCCAGUAUGAACAAUGUAUCAUUUGUUCUACCAUCCAACUAUUCCCUGCUACAAGCACAUCAGCAAGGCAUACCUGGUGUAUUCUCAACUGAUUUCCCAGCAAAACCACCUGUACAAUUUGAUUACACCGGUAAUGUAAGCCGAUCACUAUGGCAACCUACUCGAGGAACGAAGCUAUACAAGUUGAAAUAUGGGGCAAGAGUGCAAGUUGUGUUACAAGGGACAAGUAUUUUCACAGCUGAAAACCACCCAAUUCAUCUUCACGGAUAUGAUUUUUACAUAAUUGCAGAGGGUUUCGGUAACUUUAAUCCAAAAACAGAUGCAGCUAAAUUCAACCUUGUUGAUCCACCUCUCAGAAAUACGGCCAGUGUACCUGUCAAAGGAUGGGCGGUUAUCAGAUUUGUUGCAGACAAUCCAGGAGUUUGGCUAAUGCAUUGCCACCUGGAUGUUCACAUUGGCUGGGGUUUGGCAAUGGCGUUCAUCGUCGAAAAUGGAGUUACUCAAUUGGAAUCAUUGGAGGCUCCUCCAGUAGAUUUGCCUGUCUGUUAACAACUGCAACAUAAUACAAAAUUCAGAGCCCUAGAGAAAUCAAUUAGCCUUUCUAAAUGAUGUUUCCCCACUAUGGGGCUAGUUUUUUUCUUGAUCUCCUAGAGUUUGUUUGUUGUUGUUUUUUUUAAAUUGAUGACUGGGACAAGAUGGUGCCAAAAGUUGUAACUGAGUUCACCAUCUGUCCUAGGAGUAGGACAGCAUUAUUCCCAGAUUAUUCCCACAUUGUAUUGUUUGGUGUGAAAUUAACAGAGAAGAAAUAUUUGAGUUUUGAACUA